AUGGCUCCUCCAAAACCUCCAAACCCCUCUUCUAAAGAGAUUUUAGAAGAAGCUUUACAAAUGUCCUCAUUACACUUAAACAAUGCUAUGGCUGAAACACAAGAGCAAAUGGAUGUAAGAUUUGCUCAAGUUCAUGAAGAUAUUGCCAAACAAGUGGGUCAGCUGCAUACAAGGUUAGAGAAUGACAAAAUUGAAGAAGAAUCAAAAUACCAAGCUCUUAUGGCAGCUCUGCAGAAAAUUUCCAUUCAAAAAGAACCCCAAACUGCUGUCCAUACCCAUUCUGCACAUGCUGGUGGCAGCACAUCAGGUAUACAACCCUCUUCUUUAUCUUUUGGGUCACCUACUUUAACCCAUGUGAGCACACCCACCCAAUCACCCAUUAAUCACACUGCUACACCUAAUCAUUCUGCAGUUCGGCCAACCGCAGCCCACACAUUCGCACCCACUCAGCCAACAAUUUCUAUACACCCCCAUUCACACGUUUUACACCCCCCUUUCGUCCCUUAUCCUCCAUACACCCCCCAAUCUGUUUUUGCCCCUUUUUCCCAACCAGAUCCAUAUCAUAACCUAGCCCACAUACCACCCUUGCCACCUAUUCGCUCACCCAAGCUGGACCUACCCCUUUUCGAUGGAUCUAACCCUUUAGAAUGGUUAUUUCAGGCUGAUCAGUUUUUUAGCUUUUAUAAUCUACCACCCGAAAAUCGUUUGUCUCUAAUUUCUUUUUAUAUGAAGGGAGAUGCAUUAGGCUGGUUUAAGUGGAUGCAUCAUAAUCACUUGUUAACAGAUUGGUUAUCUUUCACAAGAGCUUUAGAAUUACGUUUUGGUCCUUCUACUUUUGAGAACCAUCAAGCUGAAUUAUUUAAAUUAAAGCAAACAGGAUCUGUUAUGGAGUACCAAACGAAAUUUGAACAGCUUGGCAAUCAAGUGGUGGGACUGCCACCUUUGGCAAUUCUAAAUUGUUUUAUCUCAGGUUUAAACAUAGACAUUCAGCAUGAAUUAGCUAUCCUAAAACCCACAUCUAUAUCCCAAGCCAUUGGACUUGCCAAAUUAAUCGAGUCUAAACUCAAAGAAACCAAACAAAAGUUCAUUAAACCCUUCUCUUCAAACUACCAAAAACCAACACCUACCAACCCAAACACCCAGAAUUUUAAACCACAAACACCUUCAACCCAACCCAACCCUAACCUUCAAAAUAACUCCAACUCACAACAGCCCAGAUUUCCUAUACGCAAACUAACCCAAGCCCAACUACAAGAACGACGAGCCCAAGGCCUUUGUUUUAAUUGUGAUGAGAAAUUCAUCACGGGUCAUAAAUGCUCUACAAACAGAUUUUUCAUACUCUUGGCUGAGGAAGAGGGAGUGAUGGUUGAACCAGAAAAUGAAAACAUGGAAGAACAUUCAAUGGAGGCAGAAUUUAAGGAUACUUAUUUUCAGCUAUCCCCCCAAGCUUUAACCGGUCACUAUCACCCACAAACACUAAAAUUCAAAGGCAAAAUCCAAGGGUUAUCGGUGAUGGUUUUGGUUGACACGGGUAGCACUCAUAACAUUAUGCAGCCUAGAAUUGCUCAUCACCUAAAUUUACAUACAACCCCAAUCAACCAAUUUUCUGUUAUGGUGGGAAACGGAUCUCAUCUCCAAUGUGAGGGAAUUUGCAACAAUGUUCAAAUCUUCCUUCAAAACAAACCUUUUACCCUUCCAUUCUAUUUGUUACCUAUUGAGGGUGCGGAUAUCGUUCUAGGUAUGGCUUGGCUUCGAACCCUUGGACCCAUUCAAGCUGAUUUUUCAAUUCCUUCCCUCACCUUUCAACAUCAGAAUACCCCACUAACCCUCACCGGCGACCCCAGCUCAACACCCACAAAUACAACUUUCCACCAACUCCGCCAACUUAUUCACACCGAUGCCAUUGCCUCUUUUCACCUAUUACUCAUGGAACCCAUCCAACAACCCCCCCAAACAAACGAACCCAAUAUUUCAACUCCAUCUAACCAAAACCCUUUACCACUCCCACUCACCACCCUUUUGACAAAAUUUCAAUCUAUUUUCCAACAACCAAAAGGCUUACCACCAUCUAGACCGCAUGACCAUCAUAUAACCCUUCUCCCAAAUACACCACCCAUCAAUGUGAAACCUUACCGUUACCCACACACAAAAAAAGACACCAUGACCAAAAUGAUUCAAGAAAUGCUCCAAGAAGGUACCAUCAGACCUAGCACUAGCCCCUUCUCAUCCCCUGUUUUAUUAGUCAAAAAGAAAGACGGGACUUGGCAAUUUUGUGUUGAUUAUAGAGCAUUGAAUGCUGUGACUGUAAAGGACAGAUUUCCCAUACCCACUAUUGAUGAGCUUUUAGACGAACUUAAUUCAGCCACAAUUUUUUCCAAGAUAGAUUUGUGUUCAGGAUACCAUCAGAUCAGAUUAGCAUCAGAAGACACGUAUAAAACAGCUUUUCGAACUUUUGAUGGGCAUUAUGAAUUUCUUGUAAUGCCCUUUGGCCUAACAAAUGGGCCUUCUACUUUCCAAUCGGCUAUGAAUGACUUACUCCGCCCCUACUUAAGAAAAUUUGUACUUGUUUUCUUUGAUGAUAUUUUAAUUUACAGUCCUAAUUUUGAAGAUCAUCUAACACAUUUGCAGGUUAUUUUUGAGUUAUUGGCUAAGCAAGCUUUUUUUGUGAAGUUAUCUAAGUGUGUUUUUGCCGCAGUUCAAAUUGAGUACCUAGGACACAUCAUUUCAGCCGGCGGUGUUGCACCGGAUUCAAACAAAAUUAAAGCCAUUGUUGAUUGGCCAGCACCACGUUCACUCUCGACACUCCGCGGCUUUUUAGGUCUCACCGGUUUUUAUCGACGAUUUGUCAAAAAUUACGCCACACUCGCCGCUCCCCUCACCGACUUGUUACGUUCCACUAAAUUUACAUGGAGUACAGAGGCUGCUCAUGCCUUUACAGAGCUAAAACAGAAAAUGACAACCAUGCCGGUAUUAACACUGCCGGACUUUACAAAGGAAUUUACAAUAGAGACUGAUGCUUCUGGCGUCGCCAUUGGCGCUGUUCUAUCCCAGGAAGGCCAUCCAAUUGCGUAUUUCAGCAAGAAACUUUGCCCACGCAUGCAAGCUUCAUCGGUCUAUGUAAGGGAAAUGUUCGCCAUCACGGAGUCAGUCAAGAAGUGGCGGCAGUAUCUCUUAGGUCAACGGUUUCACAUCUACACGGAUCAAAAGAGUUUAAGAGAUAUGUUAUUACAACGCAUACAAACUCCAGAACAAGAAAAAUGGACGGCUAAGUUACAAGGAUUUGAUUUUGAGAUUUCAUACAAACCUGGAAGAUCGAAUCUUGUUGCAGAUGCCUUAAGUCGUAAACUGGAACCAGCAACACCAGUCCUACUUGUCCUGUCUUCACCUUUGCCAGAUUUACUCCAGACCUUGAAACAGUUUUAUACACAAGACAGUGUGGGUCAGAAUUUGAUGCAGUUAGCAAUAGCAGAGAAAAAGAACUCAGCAUUCAAGGUGAACCAAGGAUUAUUGUAUUACAAUAACAGAAUUUUCAUACCGGAAAUAGAUGAUUUAAGACUUCAGCUCAUGAAGGAAUACCACCAGACACCAACUGCAGGUCAUUCAGGCGUGAAGGCUACGUUGGCCAGAUUAAGGGCAUCAUUUUGUUGGCCAGGUGUGUACCUCAAUGUGAAAGAAAUGGUUAAAAACUGUUCAACAUGUCAACAUAAUAAAUAUGAUACUCAGAAAAAGAAGGGUUUGCUCCAACCAUUACCAAUUCCGAAACAAGUUUGGGAAGAAAUAACUAUGGACUUUAUAACAAACUUACCUAGUUCAUGUGGCCACACAACGAUCUGGGUAAUUUGUGACCGUUUGACGAAGUACGUUCAUUUUCUCCCACUGCCAACUCACUUCUCCGCAAAAGAUCUGGCAAAUAGAUUCACAGUGGAAGUCUUUCGCCUCCAUGGCAGCCCAAAGACUAUAGUUUCAGAUCGUGAUCCCCUGUUCCUAAGUAAAUUUUGGAAGGAGUUUUUCAGGAACCAUGGAACGACUCUGCAAUACAGUACCUCAUAUCAUCCAGAGACCGACGGACAAACGGAAGUAGUAAAUCGUUCAUUAGAAACGUACCUACGCUGUUUUGUGGGAGAUCACCCUCGCACUUGGCAUAAAUUUCUUCAUUUGGCAGAAUAUUGGUUCAACACUUCAGUUCAUUCAGCUAUCAACAUGACUCCUUUUAAGGCCCUUUACGGUAGAGAUCAUCCGGGCAUCAUGGACUAUGUUCAGAGUUCUGUUUCAGACUCCACACUUGACGAAGCUCUACAUCAACAACAGCAGAUUUUAACGCAGUUAAAAGACCAUUUACGGAAGAGCAGAGCAACGAUGGAGAAACAGGCUAAUAAAAAGAGACAGGAUGUUACCUUUACGGAAGGAGAUUUCGUUUUGAUGAAGCUUCAACCGUAUCGGCAGCAAACAGUCCACCGCCGUCAGUCUCAGAAGUUAUCUCAAAGGUACUUUGGCCCUUUUCGUAUCAUCAAACGCACCGGGAAUGUUACAUAUUUACUCGAUCUACCGUCAUCUUCCCGGAUUCAUCCCAUCGUCCACGUGUCACUACUGAAAGCAUAUCACGGAAAACCACCGUCAAUGGGUUUUCAACCAAGUUCUCCGCCGGAUCUCAUCACUUUCGAAGCAGAAGGUUCACCUGUUUCACGAACCGGAACCACUUCUGGGCUUAGAGAGAAAGAAAAAGGACCUAGUUUGACUGAAGAAAAUAAGAAGAGUUUGUGUGAUGGAACUAGUUUGAACUCGGUGGAAAAAUAUCAAAUGCAGGAGCAAAUGGGUUUAAGUGGUAAACAAAGGGUACUUAUCACUUCAGAUACUUUGGCAAGUACACAUUCCGGUUAUGACAAAUCUACCCCUGGAAGUCCCAACGUCUCUCUCCCUUUGUCCAAUACAGCCAGCUGUUUGGUACCUGCACCCAGCUGUAACGCGCAUGCGCGUGUUCCCCAAGGUUGUCCCACUGCUCGAGAUAGUCCCACUUUUUCCAACAAGCAAUCUCAGCCCUUGCUUCAGAUUCGCCCUUAUCCCUUGGAGAUUUCCCACGCCCCAAUGUUAUCUCCUCAUGUGACCACCGAUUUUCCCUUCAGUAGAUGCCCAAUUCAAAAUUCUGGGCCCACGGUUGUUCGUUCCAGCCCACACACAAAUGUUGUGUAUCCUAACCAAACAUCUUUGAACCUUGAGGACAAGGUUCCUUAUGGGCCCCAGAGUAAUGUUAUGAAGAAAACAAAGCCCAAGAGAAUUAUGAAACAGCCCGUGUGGCUAAAAGACUUUAUUUUAAAACAAUAA